GGCAACAUGGCAGACGAAAUGGCGAUUUUCGAACCAACGUUUACAAAUAUAGCCAAAAAUAUCCUCGGUGCUGAAGGACCAGUGUUUGACACGGAUGGAAAUUUUUACAUGGUGGCCCCAGAAAUAGAAAAGGAUGGAAAAUUUGCUGGUCAAGUGUUGAAAGUUGACUUGUCGACAGGAAAGUUGGAUACUCUAUGUGAGCCCAGUCUAAAUGGAGAUGGUGGAGUGCCAGCAGGCUGUCAGUGUGACAAAAACAAUGACAUUUGGAUAGCUGAUAUGAGACUAGGAAUCAUCAAAGUCACCAGGGAUGGCCAAUUCCAACAGGUGUGUAAAACUGACAAAGACAACAACAUUAUGCAAGGAUGCAAUGACUGCAGUUUUGACUACUUUGGACACUUGUGGGUGACUGCUCCAGCUGGGGAGAUAGCUCCUCAUCCCUACAGAAGAUCUAUGGAGGAGCCUUUUGGGUCUGUGUAUUGUAUGACAAAGGAUGCAGAAGUGAUAAAGGUUGAUACUGGGAUACGUUUCCCUAAUGGAAUAGCAGUUAAACACUCUGAAGAUGGACGACCCUCACUUCUUAUUGUUGCCGAGACACCUACCAAGUCUCUGUGGGGAUACACCAUAAUGGGUCCUGGGAAAGUGUCUGAGAAAUUCCUUUGGGGAAAGUUACCUGGUAACCUUGAGGGUGGACCAGAUGGGAUGGAUUUUGAUGUGGAGGGUAAUCUUCUGGUGGCUCAUUGGGGAUCCUCCCAUAUUGAAGUGUUCGGUCCUGAAGGAGGCAGUCCUAAAACCAGAAUCAAGUGUCCCUUUGCCAACCCCAGUAAUAUUCAUUUUCAGCCAACAACUAACACUGUAUAUGUCACGGAGCACGAGUUUCAUGGCCUGUGGAAGUUUGAAUGGAAGCACAAAGGCAUGCCACAGUAUUGUGACACUAUGAUGUUGUAAUCAAUAGUAUUUAUAUUUAUAUAGAAUUGCUUGCAAUCCAAAUAUUAUAGGAUAUAUAUUUAUGAAAAAUUUACAAUUUAAUUUACACAACAUUAUGUAAUUGCCAUAUUUUCUUUAUAUCUAUUUCAAAUUAAAUUUAAUAUACAUACUUAUGAAAUUAAGAUAUUUGAUUCAAAAUUUAAUGACCAUUUUAAAAACUUUAAUACACCAUAUAUAGGUAUAUGUCUUUGUCCUAAGUUAACACCUUUUUUUAUUUUAUAUACAAUUGUAAGUUGAUUUUUCACUUAUGAGAUAGAUAGUGUUUCGGCUCAGAUCUUUGUUCUAUAUAAUAUAUCAUUGAUAACAUAAUGAUUAUCAACAAGGAUUUCUAUGUCAUUUUAUAUUUCAAAUAAAUAAUAUUGAAAAAGUAAGUUUCCAUAGAUGAGCUGAUGUUACAUGUUUUGUAUUUUGAUGUUUAAAGUUUUUGGAAUGGUCUCUUCUGGAAAGAAUCAGUCAGGGAUUUAAAUCUACCAGUAUAUUGCUAGUCAUUAUUUAAGGCUUUAUAUUGCCAUUUUAUAUAAAUCAUUAAGCUGCCUUAUAAUUAAAAUGAUUUGUUGCUAUUUAAAAGUGAUAAUAUUUAAAUAGUUAUGCAUCUUGAAAACUGUAUGAUACUAUGUUUGUUAUUAAUAUUUUAUUGACAAUUAAAUCCGUUUUCUUAAAUAAAGUUGAAUUCUGUUGUCAACAAUAUCAGCAAUGUUGUUAUUUUAUACAUUAGUUUUUAUAUAAAUAGGAAUGUUUAAAAUGUUUACAAUGUGUACAAUAUUUGAUAACCUUUAGAACAUAUGUACAAUGAUCUUUUACUUUGGUUGUAUGUAUCACGGUAUUUAAUAUGUUUUAAGUUUAAAAAUUAAGCAGAUCUUGCUUUCAUUGUCAAUAUUUUAAGGCCUUCAGGUCUACAUGUAUUUGAGGAAUUGUUAAUUUUGAUGCAUAUCUAUUUCUAUGACUUCUUUGUAAACAUUCCUUUGGAAUCUUCCUGACCAGAACCAGUUUUAUCAACAUUCCUUUAUUUAAGGAAGUUUCUUAACUCAAACAUUUCCACAGGAAAGCAUUAGCGAAAUUAAGGACUAAAUUCUUUAAGAAUUUUCCCUUAAAUUCUUUAAAUACUUUCCCAUGGAAUAUUUUAGUUAAGGAGUCUCCUUGAAUUAAGGAAUUUUAUUAAGUCAGGACCAGGUUAUAUUGUAUGUAAAAAUGACAAAUGCUGUUGAACUAUUUUCUGACAAAAUUGUUUUUAUGAAAUGAAUAUUCACAUUAUUAAAAAAGAGAGCAGUCAUACA